CUGCAUCUCACCAGCCCUGCUUGUCGAGUCCCUUGACUGGCCUUCCCGCAUCAUAAGACGCCACUUAAAGCCAUCAGGGCCCCUUUGGACGUCAACGGUGGCCUUAGCGAAAUAAAUCCUGGGCCAAGCCUUUGUCUCGACUUCACCAAGACGCGACAACCUCCCCAGAACGCUCGUAAGCCUCACAAACGCAGACUCUCACGCCGGACCAACCUGCCCUGCGACUGCUGUCGCCGACCGCAAUUGACCUUGGUGAGAUUAAGAGAGCCAACGCAGCUUCAGAGGUGUCGCGCGCUUCCAGCGAAGUGGUGAUCUGGCGGGUCCAAGUUGACCGGGGGUGCCCAAGGGAGACCUCAGUGCGUCCCGAAUCUGCAAAUCGUCUCUCUGAAUGUUGCCCUUACAUUCUUCGUCGAAAGGGAAGAUGCACCGCCAGGCCUUCUCCAACGGGGCCUAUCCCUCAUCCGGAGGGAGCACUUUUUCUAUUCAACCUCACAAAUUUCAACCGCGAUCACAACCUGCGCUGAGAAGGCGGAGACAGUUAAUACAACGCCUGCUGCUGGCCGCAUCGCUCUUCCUCACAGCACUGUUCUUCUUCUUCCCCGACCUGCGACCAAACCUGGGCUCCGGCCCCCUGAGUUUCAUCACCUCGAGUGAUGACUCGCAACUCGAGACGGUGCGAUAUUACGACCUAAACAAUGUACAGGGUACCGCGAGGGGAUGGGAAAGAGAGGAGAGGAUAUUACUAUGUGCUCCGCUACGUGACGCCGCACCGCACCUGAACAUGUUCUUCAGCCAUUUGAAGAACUUGACGUACCCGCACAAUCUUAUCGACUUGGCCUUCCUCGUCGGAGACUCAAAAGACAAUACAAUCUCUCUCUUGACGCAGAAACUGGAAGAGCUGCAGGCUGACCCGGAGCCAAAACAACAAUUCGGCGAGAUAUCCAUCAUGGAGAAGGACUUUGGACAAAAGGUCAACCAGGAUGUUGAGAGUCGUCACGGCUUCGCAGCGCAAGCUGGUCGUCGUAAAUCAAUGGCCCAGGCGCGCAAUUGGCUCCUGAGCGCUGCUCUCCGCCCGACGCACAGCUGGGUGUACUGGAGAGAUGUUGAUGUAGAAACAGCACCGUUUACCAUCCUGGAGGAUCUCAUGCGACACAACAAGGAUGUCAUUGUACCAAAUGUCUGGCGACCGCUUCCCGAUUGGCUUGGAGGAGAACAGCCCUACGAUCUGAAUUCAUGGCAGGAAUCCGAGACUGCCCUCGCCCUCGCGGACACGCUUGACGAGGACGCGGUCAUUGUUGAGGGAUACGCAGAAUACGCUACUUGGCGGCCGCAUUUAGCCUAUCUUCGCGACCCGUACGGUGACCCAGAUAUGGAGAUGGAGAUUGAUGGUGUCGGCGGUGUCAGUAUCCUCGCCAAAGCCAAGGUGUUUCGCUCUGGUGUCCACUUUCCCGCCUUUAGCUUUGAAAAGCAUGCCGAGACGGAAGGAUUUGGCAAAAUGGCCAAGCGCAUGAAGUUUUCCGUUGUGGGUCUUCCGCACUACACCAUCUGGCAUCUCUACGAGCCUAGCGUCGACGACAUCCGACACAUGGAAGAAAUGGAGAAGGAACGCAAAGCCAAAGAAGCUGAAGAGGAGGCGAAAAAGGCUCGGAUGGACAAGAUCAAAGAGUCUUUCGAUGAAAAGAAGACCGACUGGGAGAAGGAGAAGGCGGCCGUCCAGGACCUGGUCCAGAAAGCCAAGAAUGAGGAGAAGGUGGAAGCCGAAAAGGCAAAAGUAGCAAGCAAGGAGGAGCCCAAGAAGGCAGAAUCAAAAGAGAAAGAGGAGAAGUGAUGGCUUUCACAGUACGUCCGAACUGAGAUACCGGGGAGCGACGUCUCUGACCCGCAACCAGAUUGACGAUUUGGGAGAUAUAGCGGGCUGGGACAGCUCCGCAACGAUUGUACGAUUCUGUUCUGAAUCUUGGAGACAGAUCUGAGCCGUG